GGCAAUAUUCAUCAUUGCCUCAGAUGUUCAUUUUGGCUAGCGCGUCCGGUAAAGCAUAUCGCGAAUAAAUGUGUACAAAAUAGCCACAUUCAGGCAAUAAUUGGCUUGUAACGAUUGUUUUUUCAAGACGACGUGUACCCAAUCGCUCUGAAAUCUUGAGCAAAUCCGGGUUUUAAGGAUUCGGGAUUGAUAUAAAUGGAUGUGUACGGAAAGAUGGCCAUGACGCAAGAUGGGAAACAAGAAGGCUCUGAUCAGAACUUUGAUUACAUGUUUAAAUUAUUAAUCAUUGGGAAUAGCAGCGUUGGGAAAACGUCUUUUCUUUUUCGCUACGCUGACGACGCGUUCACCUCUGCCUUUGUCAGCACCGUGGGAAUAGACUUCAAAGUGAAAACCGUCUACAAGAACGAGAAAAGAAUCAAACUACAGAUCUGGGAUACAGCUGGCCAGGAGCGCUACAGGACCAUCACCACAGCGUACUAUCGCGGCGCCAUGGGCUUCAUCCUGAUGUAUGACAUCACCAACGAGGAGUCAUUCGCCGCUGUGCAGGACUGGUCUACCCAAAUCAAGACAUACUCAUGGGACAACGCUCAAGUCAUCCUGGUGGCCAACAAGUGUGACAUGGCGGACGAGAGAGUUGUGUCGGUGGACAGUGGACGCCUCUUGGCAGAACAACUCGGCUUCGAGUUCUUCGAGGCCAGUGCCAAGGAGAACAUCAACGUGAAGCAGACCUUCGAGCGGCUGGUGGACAUCAUCUGCGACAAGAUGUCGGAGAGCCUGGAGACGGACCCAGCCCUGGCUUCCGGCUCCACCGCCACCAAGCUGACCGACAACCCCCCGCCCCCCCAGCAGCAGCCCAACUGCAACUGCUAAAGGUCGGGCAGCUCGCCAAAUCAGCUGGCCAGCAGAGAGGACUUCUCCAAUGUUUCUCUUGACCCUCGGCCAUGCUAGAAUGAGAGUGUGGUCCUAAACCAGGGUACACAUGUGUGUGCGUAUGUGCGUGUUCACCGAAUAAAUGUGUCCAUGAGUGUGCAUCCUACUAGGGAUGCACCGAUACCACUUUUUUGAAAACCGAUACAAGUACGAGUACAUUAAUGUGUGUACUUGCCGAUACCGAGUACCGAUACCGAUACCUUUUUCCACCAAAAUACAAUGAAAAUAAAUGCAUGGCCUUGUUUUUUUCCACCUGUGAUAUUUGUAUUGUUCAUUUCCAUGUAGAUUUAAAUGUUAUUAAAUGUAUGAUGUGGCAAUUUUUUCCCAUGCUACUGUCAAGUCCACAGAACGUGACAAGAUUUUGCAUUGUUUUGUGUAAUAGCAGUAUCGUUCCUGGUAUCGGCAAGUGCUUGACGAGUACGAGUACGAGUACAAUGAGCAGUAUCGGCAGCCGAUACCGAUACCAGUAUCGGUAUCGGUGCAUCCCUAGAUCCUACUGUACUGUAUGUCUCAGGUCACCCUAUGUCUCCCUUCAGCUGUACUGUACUGUGGUCGUGCCAAAUGAUAAGCCAUAGGUGAAACACUUCAAUAUUAGUACUCUCUAUCUGACAUAACACCUGUAACUUCUAAAUGCACACAACUACUACAAGUGGAAGAGAGGACCAAAUGAUUAUUUAGUAAAAUAAGAUGAGAAACAUACAACAUACAAAAGCCCCAGGCAGACAGUCCACAAAUUGUAAUAAUAAAGGUUACUGAAAUGUUGUUGGAUAUUUGAUAAUUGUAAUGUUAUUCACAAAUAUGUUUGUGAAUGUUUCCCUGCCGAUGUUUGUAAAGAUGCCUAGCAAGUCUGCUUGCAUAUUAGUGACAGUCAAGUGUAUGUGAAUGGACUGGAAUGAACUGAAAGAAGGAAUGGAGAAUGGAAAUGUAUUAUGUAGAUGCAUUGUAUAUCUUGGCAUCGUUUAUUUCUAAUACACUAUACAUGGAGGAUGUCUUGGAUGAGUUUGAAGUUGUAUGUUUGCUGUUUGAGGGUUAUCUGCUGCUAUAUGUAAUGGCUGGCGUACAUCACUUCAAAUCCCACAAAUCUCUGUAAAUAAAUGCCAAAUCGUGAAAUUAUUAGACUUUCUUAAAUACACCAUCCCCUAAUGUCACUGGGUUCUUGAUGUGGGUUCUUUCAUACAUUUCUUUUACUCGUCUGAGAUCAUACUCCCCCCUUGUGGACAAGAAGCGUAAUUAAAUGUUUGCUCAUUAAAAAGAUGAAUUAUAGCAACCAUUAUCUGAACAGCCUCUGAAUGAGAAGGAAUACUCCAUUCGAAAAGAAAUACAGUUGUAAUGUUGGACAAAUGUCUUGUUUUAUUCUCCGCGUUCUGAUAAAAUAAUUGCCCUUAUACAAGCAAUUUAUUUAGGUGUUGAUAGGUGAAAUGAUUUAGGCUAAGCAUCUGAAAUUAUGAAUAUUAACACUUUUCUUAAUGCCUGCAGGAAAAGGGUUUAUUUGAAUUUAUUUUUGCCCAUGGAAGAAAAACAGGAUAAUAGAACUGUGUGAUGCAACCUUAGGCGGUCAGACUGAGACGUGAUACAUUGAGAGCAGGAAAGGAAAACGGAAACUUCACAGACUGUAUCAACCCAUGCUUUUAUUUAAUCUGUUGCAUAUAAAACAUUUUUUAUUUCAUUUUCUCAUUUUUUUACAGAAGGUGUAUCUUCUACAGUUCUAUCCAAUAGACUGCAACAAAACAAGGAGUCCAAUAAAACAACUCUAUAGUGUUAUGAAAUCUCCAGACACAUUGGAAAUCAAAACCAAAAAAAAGAAAA